AUGGCGUUUCCCCCGAUUCUCCUCCGAGAAUUUCAAACGGCAACAAUAAGCGACUUCAUCCCGGGAAAACUUGCUACAGAGUACCAGGCACGUAUUUCGAUACUUUGUAUCCAAUUGGAGUCCCUUGCUCAUGCCAUCCUAUCAAAGGACGACAAACAAUACAAUGUUCAUUUCCACUUCCAUGAUGGUCUCUGCGAAGGCAAAGCUUUGCCUCUGCUUUGGGACAAUGGAGCAUAUUUCGAUUCGGACUGUUUAAAAGAUAACAAGCUACAUCUAUACGCACAUUUUGAGAGAAAGGAUGGCAGGAACUCGUUAUUGAACACCCCAGCAACAAGCGCAGCGCCCUCAUCCAGCAGAUUGCCUACAGAGGCACCGUCCCAAUCCAUAGCGCGUUCCAGCGCAGCCACGGAGUUGAACAGAGUCGGAACAUCAGGAGGUGUACGUGGGUCAUCAUCAAGACAGUCCCAGGUUGCUCUUUCAAUCCCACGAAGAGAGAGGCGAGCGAAUGCACAUGACCUCUCCGAUACCGAUUCGGACGCUUCUGAUGAGACUAAUUUCCUCUUGAGUCCUAGUGACUCCGGUAGAUUGAGUGACAGCGAAGAGGGACGUGAAGGCCCUUUACAGACACCACAGCCACUACCUGCUACUACAACGGCUAUCCAACAUGCUGCCGACUUUGAAGAAGCCUGCUUAACGAACGCACCGAAAGGAAAGUACGGCCACAAAGAUAACUGGAAGGACAUCGACCAAAAGUAUAAGGACAAAAUUGCGCACGCGAAACUGAUUAAAGGCACAUACGGUGUGGUUUCAGCUAAACCUUGUGACAGAUGUGCAGAGAAAGGGGUGACUUGCCGUGUAUACCACCCAGACUUGCAGGGUACUCGACCACAGGAGGCUCUUGUGGAGAAUGCCGAUUACGUAGUAUGCCGUGCGAUCUGA